GAGGUUUGGAUGCAAUUUGAUCCAAAAAAUGUAUAUAUCUCCAGCAAGAACCUGUCUGGAAACCACAUGGACUAUUACCCAUGAAAGAUUCACAGUAAUAUCCAUAACAACUAUAAAAGAUCCACAGUAAUGGUCUUAAAACGUCUUCAUAUCAAAUAUUAUGAAAAAGAAGUAGUUGUCAACUUCUAAAUUUGUCAUUUCUGCAAGAAGUGGUUGUCAAAUCCCUGAAUGCCAUUGAAAAAUAUGUCACUUUGUUUCCAUGGAAAGAUAAAAUGGACAGUGAUUGAGUAAGAUUUUCUUAAAUUUGUAGAGGCAUUGACUAUUGAGUCAUUGAGUGUUGCAUCCUUCUAAAGGAGAAAAAGGUGAACAAAGAAAUGGUUAGCUCCUUCUCCUUGGAGAAAGUAGAAUCUCCACCCCAGUUUUCCGAAAACCGUCAAUCCAAUAUCAGGAUGGAGGAGAUUGUAAAAGGAGAUGAAGAAGUGAACGACAACCCAAUAGAGGAAGUAAGAUUGACAGUUCCAAUUACAGAUGAUCCAACAGAACCAGCAUUAACGUUUAGAACAUGGGUUCUUGGGAUAGCAUCAUGUGCACUUCUUGCUUUUGUCAACCAAUUCUUUUCAUACCGUUCAAAUCAGCUCUCUGUUGGAUCUGUUUCAGCACAAAUUGUUGUUCUCCCACUUGGAAAGCUCAUGGCUAAAGUACUUCCAACAAAACAGAUUAAAAUUCCAUUGACAAAAUGGUCAUUUUCGUUGAAUCCAGGGCCUUUCACUUUGAAAGAACACGUUUUGAUUACUAUAUUUGCAAGUUGUGGAGCAGGUGGUGUUUAUGCAGUGAACAUUAUUACUGCUGUUAAGGCCUUCUACAGAAGGCCUCUCAAUCCUGUUGCAGCUAUGUUGCUUGUACAAACAACUCAGUUGCUCGGGUAUGGAUGGGCUGGUAUUUUCAGAAAAUAUCUUGUGGAUUCACCAUACAUGUGGUGGCCCUCAAAUCUUGUCCAAGUCUCUCUACUCAGGGCAUUAAAUGAAAAGGAGAAGAGGCCAAAAGGAAGACUCACUAGGCUGCAAUUCUUUACUAUUGUUUUCAUAUCAAGCUAUGCCUAUUAUAUCAUUCCAGGCUACCUUUUCCCUUCCUUAUCUACAAUCUCCUUUAUUUGUUGGAUAUGGAAGGACUCUGUCACUGCGCAACAGAUCGGUUCAGGGCAAAAUGGGCUUGGUAUUGCCUCCUUCGGCCUGGACUGGUCAACUGUUGCUGGGUUCUUGGGGACUCCUCUAGCCGUGCCUUUCUUUGCUAUUGCAAACACUCUUGCUGGUUUUUUCUUGGUUCAGUAUAUAAUUGUGCCUAUUUCUUACUGGACUAAUAUGUAUGAUGCUAAAAAAUUCCCCAUUUAUUCUUCUCACACUUUUGACAGUGACGGUCAGACAUACAACAUUAGUCGAAUUCUGAAUCAGAAAAAUUUCGACAUUAAUCUAGAUGCUUAUAACAAUUACAGCAAGCUUUAUCUCAGCAUUCUGUUUGCAUUCAAUUAUGGACUCAAUUUUGCAGCAGUGGCGGCUACUGUUUCACAUGUUGCACUCUUUGAAGGAAAGACAAUUUGGACCUCGUGGAAGAAGACUACGGGUGCAUUCAAAAAUCAAUUUACUGAUGUGCAUACAAGAUUAAUGAAGAAGAACUAUGAAGAAGUCCCUCAAUGGUGGUUUGUUACACUUUUGGUUAUAUCUGUGGCUCUUAGCUUUCUAGCUGUGGAAGGUUUUAAUAGGCAAUUACAACUUCCCUGGUGGGGACUUCUCCUGGCCUGCAGCAUUGCUCUCUUUUUCACCCUGCCUAUCGGUGUGGUUCAGGCCACGACAAACAUGCAAAUGGGGCUAAAUGUGAUCACAGAAUUGAUCAUCGGAUACAUGUAUCCAGGGAAGCCUCUUGCAAAUGUGGCUUUCAAGACAUAUGGUUACAUCAGCAUGUCUCAAGCCCUCUAUUUGGUGCAAGAUUUCAAAUUAGGCCACUAUAUGAAAAUACCUCCGAAAUCUAUGUUUCUUGUUCAGUUAGUUGGAACAAUAGUUUCUUCAACUGUCUACUUUGGGACAGCAUGGUGGCUUCUGUCAACUGUUGAAAACAUAUGUCUCCCAGAUUUAUUACCAGAGGGAAGUCCAUGGACAUGCCCCGGGGACGAUGUCUUUUACAAUGCAUCAAUCAUAUGGGGAGUGAUAGGCCCUCUCAGAAUGUUUGGGAAGUUAGGUGUCUACUAUAAGAUCAGCUGGUUCUUCCUGAUAGGCGCACUUGCCCCAGUGCCUGUAUGGUUAUUGUCUCGCAAAUUUCCUGAGAAGAAAUGGAUAAAGCUUAUUCACAUGCCUAUUUUCUUAUCAGCCACAUCAGGAAUGCCACCAGCUAGGGCUGUCCAUUACUGGUCUUGGGGAGCUGUUGGUGUAUUCUUCAACUUCUAUGUAUAUAGAAAGUACAAGGCAUGGUGGGCCAGACAUAACUAUAUUCUAUCAGCUGGUUUAGACGCUGGUGUAGCUUUCAUGGGAGUAGUAAUCUUCUUUGCCCUUCAAUCUCAGGAUAUCUAUGGUCCUCUGUGGUGGGGUCAGGAUGCAACUGACCACUGUCCGUUCGCAAAAUGCCCUACUGCUCCUGGGAUUGCUGUGGAGGGAUGCCCUGUUUUCUAGUGACCUACAAAAGAGAAACAUAAGUGGAAGGCAGGGAAAUAGAUGUAUUAAUCUCUCUUAUAAUUAAGUGUAUCGAAUUAUUAAUAGCAACUAUAUCUUGUCAUCUGUAAAUAUUUCAUCUUUUUUUUUUUCACCGUCUUUUGGUUGUACUUGCUGUGUGGAAUCAGAAUCCAAGAAUCCUUCUAACUUGCCGCAGUUUUAA